AUGGCCUACGCUGGCGCCGCCGCUGAGGCGGAGGCCGUCCGCGCGGAGGCCAAGGAGAUUAUGCUCGCCGACCACGACGGCGACAUGGAGGCGUCGCUCGCCCGCGCCCGCGCCCUCGUGCACGCGCACCCGGGCUCGGUGGUCGCGUACCGCCUCCUGGGCGAGCUCCACUACGCCGCCGCCAUGCGCGCGGCCCGCGGAGAGGGCAGCCCGGAGGACCGCAAGGCCGCGGCGGCGCCGCACCUCCGCGUCGCCCUGGAAGCGCUCACCGCGGCGCGCCGCCUCGCCCCGGACUGCGUCGACGUCGCCGCCACGCUCGGUGACGCGCUCGCGGCAUCCCGGAUGUACGCCGAGGCCGAGGCCGAGUUCCGCCGCGCGCAGAGCAUCCCGAACCCCUCCGACCCGGCCCUCCACAACGCCGCCUACGGCAUGUACGAGGGCUACGAGCACGAGCGCGACCCGGCCUUCGUGGCCGAGCGGGUGGAGGAGGCCAGGGAGCGGGCCCGCGCCUCCUACGCCCGCAUGACCAUCGAGGAGCUCGUCCCAUCCGCGGUCCAGCGGGUGCUCGACGCAGGGAAACUGCUCGGCGCCGCGGAGGGGCGCAAGCGCGGCAAGCUCGUCGCCGAGUCCUUCCCCAACCUGGCGCGCGCGCAGUACCUCCAGGCGUACAUGGACCUGGAGUUCGUGCGCAGCCUCGACCCCGCCAUCGACAAGCGCCCGUUCCUGCGCCGGACCCUGGCCAUCGCGGAGCGCCUGGCGCGGGCCUUCCCCAAGUCGCCCGUGAUCGCCUGCUUCCGCGCGAAGCUCCUCUUCGUCCUGGGCGAGUACGACGCCGCCGAGCGGGAGUGCCGCCGCGCGCUCGACAUGAAGGAGCCCGACGACCCGCAGCUGGACUGCAUCCCGGCCGGGUCCAUCAGCGGGGAGAACCUUGGCGCAAGGCUGGUCUCGCUGGCCUGCGAGUUCCACGAGCUGAUCAACAAGAUCGUGAUGAUGGCAGCCGAUUACUGGGACUCCAUGAGUGGCGAGAGGCGACACGACAGCUUCCUACGGGUGAGCUCCGAUGUGCUGCAGGACGAGUACAGGAAGGUUGAUCCGUCGUGCGCGUUCACCAUGUCCGACGUGAGGAGCUUUGUCAAGGAACACAAGUCUUGGAAGUUCUGGAUUUGCCCCAUUUGUGAUCGCAAGAAGUUUGUCGACUCUGGUUUGCUAUUGUCACACAUGUGCCGCAAGCACCCAAGGGCAGUCCUGCCACGGCUGCAGUCACUUUUGGAUCAAUCGCUCAAUAGCGAAGCAUCAGAGGAGGAGGAUUUUCUGGAUGGGGUAACUUUUUGUGAAGAUUCAGCCGAGCAAGACAUGAUCUGCCUCAAUAAGAGCAGUGUUGUAUUCAAAUGGUUGUUCUAUGCACCUUCAAGUGGAGUAGGAGCAAAGCCACUUCCUGAAGUACGAGCAAAGAAGCGUGAGAAAGGAUCUAUGUUACUCGAGGGCAUUAAGGAGAAAAUGAAGACCCUGCCUACAGAUAAAUCUAGUACAGAGUUUGCAGAGGCUUUUCCGAGGAUACAGGAGUUGUGGCUCAAAUUUCUCAAAGCUUCUAUGUUGGAUUAUCGAGGAGUCAUUCUGGAACUUGCAAGAUCAUUCCUAUGGGGAGAAUUGAAGAAAUGCAUGACUCAAGAUCCACAACUAGCUGAUAAGUGGAUCAGUGCUACUGAUAUUGAUGCCGUAUUCAUUACAGAAGCUGAACCAUCCCAUGCAGAGGGGGAUCCUGAAACAGGGGACGAUAAACAGCCUUCCCAAGCAGAUGGGGCUCUGAUGGUCAGUGAGGAUCAUAAAGAAAGCAAUGUUUGCAUUCAACAUGGUGAGAGUUCUGAGACCCCAGCAGACAAUACAGAAUCAACAGACCUGGCAACCAGUGUGGCUGAAAGCGGGAAGGACCUAGAUGCAACAUUGGAUAAGGUUGAUAUUGAUCCAAAGAUCAGUGAGAAUAAUCAAGAAAGUGAGGUUCAGGUUGAAGGUGAGAGUUCUGAGGCCACGGUGACCAACAUGUCAGAUCCAGCAACCAGCAUGCUGGAAAGCGGGAAUGACCUUGACGUGAAGCUGGAGAACUUGCAGAUCGAUCCGAGUUCUGACAGCUCCAUCGCGACUUCUGGUGCCGGCUCAAGUGGCCAAACUGGCCAACAGGACUGAGAGGAUGGUGUAUGGACGCUUGGGUCGUGUCGUGUGAUGUCUUUGGCCUCCUGCCUAGAUCGUCAGAAGCUGUAGUAGAAACAUUAUGCAGUUCAUACUCCAAGUAGCAAAUGAUAGACCUUGGUUGGUACUGGUCU